AUGGGGAAUAAAAGGAGUGUAGCGAUUCGAUUUAGCUAUCUUCUUGGAUUCAUUUUCAUGUUUCAUCUUUCACUAGCAGUACUUAUUGAUGAAAAUGAUAGUAUACCAGAUGGAGAUAGUAGGAUGCAAACUUACUUUGUUUGGGUACAAAAGCCCACAGACAAAGUUUCUGCUCUAAAUUCUCAAGAUUUAGAGAGUUGGUAUCAGACAUUUCUGCCAGAAAGUACUACUGCGAGCUCAAAUAAGCCCAGCAUUCCCCGAAUGCUUUACUCAUACCGUAAUGUGGCCACCGGCUUUGCAGCGAAACUGACUCCAGAGGAAAUUAAAGCAAUGGAAAAGAAAGAUGGGUUCGUGCAUGCUCAUCCAGAGAGGUUUCUGCCUUUGCACACAACUCAUAGUCCAAACUUCCUGGGGCUGCAACAAGUGUUUGGAUUUUGGAAAAAGACCAAUUAUGGUGAAGGAAUGAUCAUAGGAGUUUUGGACACUGGGAUAUCUCCAGGUCAUCCCUCAUUUAGUGAUGAAGGAGUGCCACCUCCCCCAGAGAAAUGGAAAGGCAAAUGCGAGUUCAAGUUCAAUGGGAGAACAGUGUGCAACAACAAGCUUAUUGGUGCAAGAAAUUUUCAAGGUGGAAAAGAAACAAAAGAAGUCUCUCCAUUUGGUGAAGAAGGCCAUGGCACACUCACUUCUAGCAUUGCUGCUGGAAACUUUGUGGAAGGCGCCAGCGUGUUUGGAAUGGCAAAUGGCACAGCAUCUGGCAUUGCACCUUAUGCUCACUUGGCAAUCUACAAGGUCUGCACCGAGGCAGGUUGUGCCGAAAGUGACAUACUAGCAGCUAUUGACAUUGCUGUUGAGGACGGCGUAGAUGUGCUCUCACUUUCCAUAGGUUUUGCUUCCUCGGUUCCUUUCCAUGAAGAUAUGGUUGCUAUCGGCGCGUUUGGAGCAUUUCGAAAGGGAAUUUUCGUCAGCUGUUCAGCAGGAAACUCUGGCCCUUCCUAUAGUUCCAUGUCAAACGAGGCACCUUGGAUUCUCACUGUUGGAGCAAGCACCAUUGACAGGAAAAUAAGCUCAAUAGCACAACUUGGAGAUUCUCCAAAAUACUUUUACUCUGGUGAAUCAUUAUUCGAUCCUAAAAAUUUUAGCACUUCACCAUUGCUGCCUCUUGUUUAUCCAGGUGCAAUUCACAAUAACAAAACUGAGUUCUGUGCCUUGGGAUCUCUUGUAAAUGUUGAAGGGAAAGUAGUGUUGUGUGAGAGAGGUGGAGGAGUGGGAGGAACUGCCAAAGGGGAAGAAGUGAAAAGAGCAGGAGGUGCUGCCAUGAUUCUAGUGAACGAAGUAACUGAUGGCUAUAGCACAUUAGCUAAUGCUUAUGUACUUCCAGCAACAAAUGUUGGUUUUCAAGCAGGUUUGAGUAUCAAAACCUAUAUAAACUCAACAACUACACCUAUAGCCACAGUUUAUUCCCCACGCACUGUAAUCGGAGAUGCACUUGCUCCAAUGGUUGCUUCUUUCUCAUCAAGAGGACCGAGUAUAGCUAGCCCCGGAAUUCUAAAACCUGACAUAAUUGGUCCUGGUGUUAACAUCCUUGCUGCAUGGCCUGUUUCGGUGGAUAAUGUCACAAAAUUUGACAUUCUUUCAGGUACUUCGGUGUCAUGCCCACACCUAAGUGGCAUUGCAGCCUUGAUCAAGAGUUCACAUCCGGACUGGUCACCUGCUGCCAUCAAAUCCGCCAUUAUGACAACCGCUGAUCUCUUAAACCUCAAAGGCACACCAAUUGUUGAUAGAUCAAAUACCCCAGCAGACAUCUAUAGCACUGGCUCAGGCCAUGUCAACCCUUCAAAAGCCAAUGACCCGGGGCUCAUCUAUGAUAUAAGACCAGACGAUUACAUUCCUUACUUGUGUGGUCUGAACUACACAAACAAUCAAAUAGAGAUGAUCACUCAACAAAGAGUGGACUGCUCUGAAGUAGGAGUCAUCGCUGAAGCGCAGCUAAACUAUCCUUCAUUUUCUAUCACAAUAGGGUCCUAUCAAACUCAGAAUUACACAAGAACGGUGAAAAAUGUUGGCCCAGCUUAUUCAACCUACAAAUCAGAGAUUGGGGAACCCCAGAAAUGGGGUGUGAUUGUGAACGUGGGUGUGACUCCUUCGGUUCUUACAUUCACAGAGGUCAACCAGACCAUUACAUAUAAUGUGGAGUUCUCCACAAAACUAGUUGGGCAAGAUGGUUCAUUUUUACAGGGACAUUUGAGAUGGGUUUCUGACAACCAUUCUGUAUACAGCCCCAUAGCUGUCAUCUUUCACUCUUGA